CAGGUAGCGAGGUGCUGGCCGCAGAACGAGAACAGUUGCGCAUCGUACAGCGUGCACAUUCUCCGCGUUGUGGCCGACUUUCUGAUGAGUGUUGCUAGCCUGGUUUCCGUGCGGUAGGUGACUCAUGCCCGCUCAGGUGUCUCGGCCCCUCGCAAUGCAAAGUGGCGGCGACCAGAGUGCCGACAAGCUCCUGCAGCGGUCCCUGCAGAACGUGGCGCUGUCCCUGCAGAACGCCGUGAUGUCGUCCCUGCAGCAAGCGGCGCUGCUGCCACCCAGCUCCGCGGCCGCCGCGGCGCUAAAUCUGCAGGCCCUGGAGUCGUAUCUCACCCUGCAGAGACUGCAGGCGUCCAGCACUGCCCACAGCCCGGCGCUGGACGUCCUCAGGCUCGACCCGCCUUCCACCGCCCCCAGCAAGGCGCCCCCGCAACAGUAUCCGGCCUACAAUUCGCUGCUCAUGAAUGCCAUGUACCAACACCAGGCGGCAGCAGCAGCGAGCAGCAUGUUGUUACAGCAACAAGCAGCGUCCACGUCUUCGACGACAGGGUCGAGGGCGUCCACAUCGGCGUCUCGCCCCAAGAAGCAGUUCAUCUGCAAGUUCUGCAGCCGGCAGUUCACCAAGUCGUACAACCUGCUGAUCCACGAGCGCACGCACACGGACGAGCGCCCUUACUCGUGCGACAUCUGCGGCAAGGCGUUCCGACGCCAAGACCACCUCAGGGACCACAGGUACAUCCACUCGAAGGAGAAGCCGUUCAAGUGUGGCGAGUGCGGGAAGGGGUUCUGCCAGUCCCGGACGCUGGCCGUACACAAGAUCCUGCACAUGGAGGAGUCCCCGCACAAGUGCCCGGUGUGCAGUCGCAGCUUCAACCAGCGCUCCAACCUCAAGACGCACCUCCUCACGCACACCGACAUCAAGCCCUACAAUUGCUCGGCCUGCGGAAAGGUGUUCCGGCGCAACUGCGACCUCAGGCGUCACGGCCUGACGCACAACCUCGGAGCGGCGUCGGCCUCCGCCACGACGCCGGGUACCUCCGGCCUGGCCCUCGUGUCUCCAAGCUUCACCAUCGACUCCAUCAUGAGCGCGACCAACAAACAGAGCGAAUGUACGGGACUGCCUCCGUGAGCCACGCGGCAGUCGCCAGAGGUCCUAGCGGGCGUAGUGGCCCGGUCUGCGCGCCGUAAGACUUUGUUGUGUUCCACAGUGCUGAUAUUAUUCUGUGUGUGUGUUUUUUUACGUUUGUAAUAAAAUUAUGCAAUUCCACACGCGGUCUUUGCUUCAGUUCCUAUUCUAAGCUGCAGCGGCGUGAUGUAAGCUUGAAGGCACGACGAUAAUUCAGUUCCUUGUUGUUAAUACUAUUACUGCCUCGUCAGUUGCAUUAGAAUUACAGACACACCAUAAAAUAAAGAAAAAAUAAAGUGGAGAAAUCAUCAGAAGUAACGAUAAGCAAGCCAUAAGGCUGUAGCAUAAACCAGUUCAUUCAGGGCUUCUGGUAAACAGCAGGAAGUAAUGUCUGAAACCGAUUCUAUUGAGACCAUUUGCUUGCUAAGUAUUUCAAGUGUUUUGCAAACGGCAUUUGAAACUGAUGUGAAUCUCACGGAAGAAUAAGUUACGGGUAACAAUCGAAAAUUACACGGUGGAAAAUCGGCGAAAUUGUGAGUCGGGAGUUACAAAUAAUAAGAGCACAUUUUAAAGUAAUUACAAACACUAAUUAACCAGUGGUUUGUAGGUAGCGCCUCUUACGUAAGUGCAAUGUAGCUGGGGACACAAGAGUGUGUUAGGUUCAUGGAACUUUCCGCUGGACGUGCUCAAGCCUUUUGGCGUCUGUAGUAGCAGCCAGCAGUAGUAGUAGUAGUAGUAUCGGGCUGAAACUUAGCACAGGGCUCAUUACUUUGUGACAAGACAAGGUAGUCAUGAAGACUGCUCCAUGAUUAUGAACCCUUAUGAACGAAAUUGGGAUGUUUAUUAGCGUGUUGAUGAGGGGAUAAUAUUAAAAUGGAUAUUGAGGAAAGAGGGUGUGCAGGUAUGGACGGUUGUGAACGAAUGAGUCACAGCUGAUCUUGGCUUCUCGAGGACUCUGUUCCGUUUAGCAAAUGAGACGUUUCGUAUCAAUAGGCCUACAUAAAGCAAAUUUUGUUUGUUUGCUGAGAUCUCGUUUUUUUCUGUUAAUUGCCUGAAGACGCGUGCGAUGCUUGUGACUGAAUUUGGAAAGUGGAGAAUUUUUAUAAGCCGUAGAUGUUAAUUUUGCAAGGAGUUCCUGCGACCGUCGUGGUUUCGGCGCAAGACGCAGCAAUUGAAGUGUGUCGCCAAGCAACUAGGCGUGUCUAAAGACACCCCGAUGCUCUUUUGUGUGGGGUGCGCGGCGCGCGUGUGGUCCUCAACACCUCGUCUUGUGAGGCCGGAAGGCGUUGAGCUGUGCACAAUACCUGGAUUAU